AUGGCAAGCUACCUUGCUCAAUUUCAAAGUAUAAAAAAUUCCUGCGAUCACGUCGUCAUUGCAGUUGAAGAUGUGAGUGAUUUAUGGCCGAAUAUAAAAUCAAGAUUCGAAGAGAGACUUCCAUUUAAAAGAGCUUCCUUAAAUAACAAGACUCGAAAUCCAGUUUUUGUAGAGAAUUUUCCUGCCGAAUUUAUACUAACUACUGAUUCACGACUCCGCAGUCGGUUUCCUCAAGAACAAUCUUUGUUUUGGUUUCGAGAACCUUACGCUACUGUUGUUCUCGUUACUUGCGAGGAUCUUGAUGAGUUUAAAACGAUACUUAAACCCCGGUUGAAGUUAAUUACGCAAAAUGAUGAGAAGGAAUGGUUUAUUGUGUUUGUGUCGAGAGCGCAUCCAAGUAACGAUAAUGCUGUUAAAAUGGCGAAAAAGGUUUAUGCUAAGAUUGAAGUUGAUUUCAGCUCAAAAAAACGGGAGAGGUGCUGCAAAUAUGAUAUUCAUGGCCCUGAAGCAAAUUUUUGGGAAGAUUUAGAAUCAAAAAUUAUGGAGUGUGUCAGAAACACAUUGGAUAGGCGGGUACAGUUUUAUGAGGAUGAGAUACGUAAGCUCACUGAACAGCGGUUCAUGCCAGAAAGCUUGGCUUUUAUGUUUGAGAUGGCUCAUCUUUAUGAAGAUGCUCUACGUGAAUAUGAUGAAUUGGAACUUUGUUAUUUGGAAACAGUUAAUAUGCCUGGAAAACAGAGAGACUUUGGAGGAGUAGACCGUGGUGAUGAUUUGGCAGCAUUGCUUAAUCCUGAAAAUAAACCAUUGGCACAGAUUGUUCAAGAUGAUUCAUUUAGAGAAUUUGAAUUUAGGCAGUAUCUCUUUGCUUACCAGUCAAAGCUUUUAUUCAAGCUGAAUCGUCCCUAUGAGGUUGCAUCAAGGGGUUAUUCAUUUAUAAUUGGCUUCUCGCAGGCCCUCACAUUGCAUGAGAAUAUGCUACCUUUUUGUAUGCGAGAAGUUUGGGUAAUAACUGCUUGCUUGGCUUUAAUCAAUGCUACUGCUUCUCCUAAUUAUGAUGGACUUGUGGCACUUGAAAUAGAAAAGGAGUUCUUUCGCCUUAAGGGUGAUCUUUAUUCUCUAUGCCGGGUUAAGUUCAUGAGGCUGGCCUAUUUGAUCGGAUAUGGAACAGAUAUAGAAAGAAGUCCAGUCAACAGUGCCUUACUCAGCAUGCUACCUUGGCCCAAGCCUCUGGUUUGGCCUUCAGUUCCACCUGAUGCUUCCUCUGAGGUUCUUGAGAAGGAAAAGGUGAUCCUUCAAGCUACUCCUAAAAUCAAACAUUUUGGCAUCCAGAGGAAGCCACUGCCUCUUGAACCUUCUGUACUUCUGCGUGAGGCUAAUCGGCGAAGGGCUUCUCUUUCUGCUGGGAAUAUGUUUGAGAUGUUUGAUGGUCGCCAAAACUCAAGUGAUGGAUCAGCUUCAGAUGCUUCAUCCAGGAUGCCUCUGUCAAAUAAAAUGAAUGUGAUUUCUAUGUUGCGGACUAAUUCUUCUCCUGGAAAUUUUGACGGUUCAGUAGAUCGACCUAUGAGACUUGCUGAGAUUUUUGUUGCUGCUGAGCAUGAUCUGAAGCAUACGAUUUCUGAUGCUAAUCUGUGGAAAGCUUUGUCAUCUGUCGAGGAGUUUGAGCAAAAGUAUCUCGAGCUUACCAAAGGUGCUGCUAACAAUUACCAUAAUUCCUGGUGGAAAAGGCAUGGAGUUGUCCUUGAUGGUGAAAUAGCAGCUGUUUGCUUCAGGCAUGGAAACUUUGAUCUAGCAGCAAAGUCUUACGAGAAAGUUUGUGCCCUUUAUGCUGGUGAAGGAUGGCAGGAAUUAUUGGCUGAUAUUCUGCCAAAUUUAGCCGAGUGCCAGAAGAUGCUAAAUGAUGAAGCUGGUUAUUUAGCAUCUUGUGUGAGAUUGCUGUCUUUAGAUAAAGGUUUAUUCUCAACAAAGGAGCGCCAAGCAUUUCAAGCAGAGGUUAUUCGUCUUGCACACAGCGAGAUGAAGCACCCUGUGCCUUUGGAUGUGUCAUCACUGAUUACAUUUUCUGGAAAUCCUGGACCUCCGCUGGAGUUAUGUGAUGGAGAUCCCAGUACUCUAUCUGUUACUGUUUGGAGUGGCUUUCCUGAUAAUAUAACCCUUGAUUCACUUAGCGUCACUUUGACUGCUACAUUUAAUGCUGACGAAGGUGCUAAGGCAUUAAGGAGCUCUACUGCCACCAUACUGAAGCCGGGUAGGAAUACCAUUACCGUAGCUUUACCUCCUCAAAGACCUGGUUCCUAUGUGUUGGGGGUUCUUACUGGCCAGAUUGGUCAGUUGAGAUUUAGAUCUCAUAGUUUUUCAAAGGGUGGCCCAGCAGACAGUGAUGAUUUUAUGAGUUAUGAAAAGCCCACUAGACCUAUACUGAAGGUUUUCAAACCAAGAUCUCUAGUGGAUCUUGCUGCAGCAAUUUCAUCUGCUUUGCUAAUAAAUGAAACUCAGUGGGUUGGGGUUAUAGUACGCCCUAUUGACUACUCUCUCAAAGGUGCUGUCUUGCAUAUUGAUACUGGUCCAGGUCUGAAUAUUGAAGAGUCACAUGUCAUUGAGAUGGAGACCUUUGGCAAUAUAUCACAGAGCAGUACGGAAAUGGCAAAGUCUAAUGGCACUCAAAACAAUUGUUCUCCGUCUUAUAAAAAAGAAUUUCAGCAGUUGAAACUUCAAGAUGGUAGAAUAGAGUUUCCUGCAUGGGCAAGCGACACAAAUUCUGUUCUUUGGAUUCCUGUUCGUGCAAUCAAUGACAAACUCCCUAGAGGAUCAUCCUCAGUCACCCCUCAGAAACAGAGCAAUCUAGAUGGCAUGAGGACAAUAGCUUUGAAACUUGAAUUUGGAGUAUCCUACAAUCAGAUAUUUGAAAGGACUGUAGCAGUACAUUUCACCGAUCCUUUCCAUGUGAGCACACGUGUUGCAGAUAAGUGCAAUGAUGGUACUCUGCUGUUGCAGGUGAUACUACAUUCCCAAGUGAAGGCUACAUUGACCAUAUAUGAUGCUUGGCUUGAACUCCAAGAUGGAUUUGUUCAUACUGGACAAGGAAGUGGAAGACCAACUUCAGACUUCUUCCCACUCGUGAUUUCUCCAACCUCUAGAGCAGGAAUCAUGUUCAGUAUUUGCUUAGGAAAAGUAAUUGGAAAAGAUGAAGCUGAAGCGCUGCAGCCAGAGAGCAUACUAAAUAUCCGAUAUGGAAUUUAUGGCGAGAGAACAAAUGGAGCACAUCCUCCUGUUGCUGUGGAAUGCACGGAACCUGAGGAUGCAAGGCAGGACUUGAUCUUCAAGAGUGCUAUUGUACUGCAGAGACCAGUGCUUGACCCAUGCCUGGCUGUUGGUUUUCUUCCUCUUCCUUCCACUGGCCUCAGAGUUGGACAAUUUGUUACCGUGCAGUGGAGAGUUGAAAGAUUGAAAGGCUUCGAGGACAACGGAAUUUCUGAACACAACGGUGAGGUGCUAUAUGAAGUCAGUGCAAAUUCUGAAAAUUGGAUGAUUGCUGGGAGGAAGCGAGGGCAUGUUUCUCUGUCCACAAACCAAGGUUCAAGAAUAAUUAUCUCAAUAUUAUGUGUGCCACUGGUGGCUGGUUAUGUCCGUCCUCCACAACUUGGGCUGCCAAAUGUUGAUGAGUCAAAUAUAAGUUGCAACCCUCCUGGGCCCCAUCUGGUUUGUGUCAUGCCUCCAGCUCUCAGCUCUUCCUUCUGCAUUCCGCCUUGA